UACUGCCGGUAAGUGCCUUAACUCAUUGUCCCGCUGACGAUGUGUACAGGGCUUCAGACAGAAUAAUGCAAUGAAGUGCAUUUCACUAUUUUACCAUAUCAGCGUAUUUUCUAACAUGAGCUACACACUGCAAGCGACUGUUGGUUAAGCUUACAGCGCAGUCUUUGUUGAUAACAAAUAGGUAGCCUUCUUAGCCAGAUAAACCAAUUACGCAAUGUGUGUCAUUUGGUUUGUUAUGGCUCUGUUAAUAGUACCAUGGAUGUAGGCCUACGCUAAGGUUAAUGGGAGGGGGAUUUGACGUGUUUGCUUUAUAUUUGCUUUAACCGACAUGAACUUCCCGUACUCUGCUAGCCUUCCCGUACUCGCUAACCCUGUCAACGCUGACUCUCAGAACAGCGUCAACGUGCGUCUGCCGCCUCUGCGUCCCCACCACGACAUCAGUGCGCUCAGAGCUGUCUAGGGGAAACUUGACAGAUUUCAAUCGCACAGUAAUUCGGCAACUGGUAAAGAGGAAGGGCUUCUGUUUGAUAAGCGGUAACAACUAUCUAGUGGACAUGAACAAGUGGAAUAACCAACACGUGUUGAACAGGAGAAAAAGACAACGACGUUUAUUUUGAUCGUUUUAUACCUUAUCAUCCAUGAAGAAGACAAACAUUGGACAGAGCGUUUGCACCUUCGCACUACUGCUGUCGACUUUGGUGACAGGUGGCGAAAAAGGCAGAACUCCACUCACGGACGAUGUGGGCACACUGGACGUUCUGAAAGGAAACAUUCCCCAGGACUACAGAAUCCCACUUAAUCACGCUCCUAAAGCAGUGACAGGAAAGUGCUGGUUGCAGUUAAAUCUUUAUCCUGUGGAGCAAAGCCUGAAGCACCUUGCUCACAAGUUUAGUAACCUGUCAAUCAACCGGGAGAACAUUACCAUUUUCAUCACUAUGCUCCAGGGUCUUCGCUUCAUGCUUGGCAACGAGGAACUGGACCUGGCAAUGCAAGCAUACGAGUGCCAUUUCAGGACAGCCCACUGGCCAACUGAUCGCUAUUUUGAUCAUGUAAAAGAGGUUUUCAGCACAGCUGCCAAUGUUUCUGGGAUAUUGGAGUGUGCCCCACCUCCCUGCCCAUCCACUUUGCCUCCCUCUGCCACACCAGGUCGGGAGAGUCAGCAUCUCAUUGGAGAGAGACUAAAAACAAGCCUUCCAAUCGUGCUACUUGUCCCUGUCUUAUGCAUAUUAUCUCUGGGCACAUGGAUGGUAGCACAGAGGAGAGGAGUCUGUUCCAAUGACUCCAGCAGAGAUGAAUCUACAAGACCCCAGAGUACAGCUGUGCUGUCAGGUCCUGAGUCUCAGUACGGAGCUGCGCGAGAGAGCCUACAGGAACACUCAGUGAUGAGUCCAGAGAGGAGCACGGAUACCGUUAUGGUGAUGAUGGAGGUCGUGAAGGAUCCGGAGAUGUGAACUUGAGCAUUUCAGCAGAAACUUGAGAAACGUGGCUGGGGAAGACAACUAUGCUGGGAGAAUGUGUGUGUGUGUGGAAGGGGAGGGUGUGGGUGAGGGGGGGUGAGGAAUGUACUCCAGAGUUACCUCAAAGACAUUAUGGGGCAUGAGUGGGAGGAUGUGGUGAUAAGAGACGGCCAUGCUGGCCAUGGAGAGAUGACAGAACGCUCAGUACUCCCCGCUCCUGCCUGUCUGUUUUCUGCAGACUUCCUUGCAACUUGUUACUCAACACGCGGCCCUUUGGAAGAACAGGAUGGAGACUUUUUUUCACCCACUCUGGAAGUGGGUGUUUCUGAUGUAUGUUGGAUGUCUGCAUGUGUAUAUACAGUACUGUAUGUCCGCCUGUGCAUCUCUGCACUUUUGUGUGUGUGUGUGUGUGUGUGUGUGUAACCGUGUUUCGUGGGAAGGAAGCAUCUGUUCAGUUGCCUGCGGCGACCUCUGCUGAAACAGUAGCCAUCAUCUGGCCGUUCCUUGCAGGCUGGCUCUCAUGAAAGGCUUUUUGUAAACAGCUUCUGUCCUGCAUGUCCACCACGAUCCUGUUCUGUUUCAUCGACAGACACAGAAAGAAAAGAGAAAGAGAGCGAAAUCCCCCAGAAUGAUCUGUAACGGGCCAGAACAGUGUCCGCUUGUCCAAAACUGUUUAGGGAGGAUGCAAUCACGAAUAUGGCCCAUUGAUGUUUUUCAACACAUUUCAGAUAUGGGGAGCAUAUCUAACUCCCAGAAGUGGUGUAUUAUAACACCACUUUGCAACAAUUUGCCAUUUGAGAAAUCCUUUUAUCAGGCAAAUAGUUUUGGAUUCAUUUUGAAAUUCAUUCCUCAAAUCCUUCAUUUGUAUGCUGAGUGUGAAGUGAGGACAGACAAAAAUGUGUAAAUAUCAAAACUUGCAUAGUGCUGCUUUAACUCACUUUGUGUGUGUGUAUGUGUGCGCGUGUGUUAGAGAGAGUGAGAGAGCAUCGUUGGAAUGAAUUAUAUAGUGUUUCAGACCGA